AUGGAUCUAGUAGCGAAUAAAACAUCAGACUACUCGGAUAUAAGUUAUUGGGACGAGAGGUACACGAAAGACACCGAAGAUACUUUCGACUGGUUUAAGCAGUACCCAGAUCUCAAACAAAGUCUUGCGCACCACAUACCCAACAAAGACUCACGCAUACUCAUGCUCGGAUGCGGCAACUCCUCCCUCUCCCGCGACAUGUACGACGACGGCUACACCAACAUCCUCAACAUUGAUUAUUCACCAGUGUGCAUUGAUAACAUGACCAAAGCAAAUGAAUCGCGUAGUGGCAUGCAAUGGUGUGUAAUGGAUAUUCGCCAGCUUGACCUCCCCGAUAACUCUUUCGAUGUCGCUAUCGAUAAGGGUACCAUGGACGCUCUCCUCGCCGGCGUACGUGAUCCUUGGAAUCCUCAAGAUAGCAUUGUUCACGACUGUACGAGUGAAGUGAGAGAAGUACAGCGCGUACUCAAACCUGAACCAUCAUCCGUAUUCAUUUAUCACACCUACGCUCCCCCACACUUCCGUAAACCUCUCCUCAAUACUGACCCCGAUCAUUGGGAUCUGAGUGUGGAAAAGAUGGGUGACUGGUUCAGCUACUUUUUUUACACCCUGCGUUAUAAAGAUUAA